AUGAUGUCAUCAGAUUUGAAAAUUGAUUAUACAAGUAAAUGGUAUUACAUUAACAGCAUGUAUUUUAUCCUACAAAAUGAUAAAAUUUAUAGAUCAUAUUCAAUACCAUUUGGUCGUUUUGAACAAAUUUUUCAAGCUGAUGGAGACAUUGAAGCUUUAUGUUAUGCUUCGAAUGUUUGUGUUCUUGUUUCAGGUGAUAUGGUCUAUUCAUAUCCUGUAAGUUAUAACAGACAUAUUUAUUUAUCACAGGAUUUUUCACAGGAUCCAGAGAAAACACCAAGUUGGGAAUUGGUUUAUUCAUUUACUCCAAAAUAUACUCGAAAUUAUAGAUUUACAAAUUUGUUUUAUAUUGAUGGUUAUUUCAUUGCUUUAGGAUGUGGUGAUUUAGUAAAUAUCAGUAGUGAUGGAAGAAACUGGUCUGAAAUCACAAAAUUUCAAGAUGUUAGAAAAGCAAUUUUCAAAAAUAAUACGUUAAUAUUGAUGACAAGACCAAUUUUAACUUCUCACCCAGUUUCAAUAUUAUAUAAUAAAUUCAAUAUUCAUAAUGGAUUAAAUACAAUUCUUGAGAUGAUUUACCCCAUUGGUUCAAUAUAUACAUCAAUGAAUUCAACAAAUCCAGCAAGUGUUUUAGGUUUUGGUACAUGGCAGCAGAUUGUAGAUAAAUUCCUCUAUUGUGCUAACUCUUCAAAGCAAACAGGAGGCUCAAAGAAAAUUUUAGAAGCAAACCUUCCACCGCAUAAGCACACAGGAACUACAAACUUUUCUGGCGACCAUAUCCACUCAUUAAGAGACCACCCAUUAUACAACACAGACUAUGAAGCUGGCUAUGAUGUUUUAUCUCCAGCUUAUAACCAUUCAGCAAAAAAGACUUUUCGACCAACUGAACCAGGAGGAAAUCAUUCACACACUUUCACAACAAAUUCAACAGGCUCGGGUGAAGAUUAUAUGCCGCCUUAUAUGACAGUUUAUGCAUGGUACCGCACGGACUGA